AUGUUAUCAACCAGUGAAUCAGCGGAGGUUCAUGAGACGCAGACUGACCCUUUGUUUGGGACGACACUUGACACAGUUGAGGAGCGCAUAGAUCAUCAGUUGAUGGUGGGCUUGAUGCCAAUCCACUCGCCCACUGCCGAUGUGCCGCCUCCAAAGCUGGAAUUCAGGCCCCUUCGCGCAGCAGCGCUCACAAAAGUUUUUGGUACUUUCGUUGCUCUGGCCAUUGGCUUUUGGCUGGUGAGUGCUAGUGGGAAGACACGAAGUGUGCCUCAUGUGGGAGGCGCAAUGAGCGAAGAAACCUAUGGGCUUUCCAAGAAUGCAGCAGGGGGAGAGGCGUCAACGCAUGACGAAGACACCGCAAGCGAAACAACAGCUAAUGAUCCGUCGGAAGAAAUGAGGAGACUGCAGACGGUGAGAGGGCUCCUGCCAGCGGCAUCUCGGCUCGCUGCUGCAAUAGGCACGAGUGAAGCUGAGAACAUUUUGAGUAGUGUGCAUAAAUCUUUCAGUGUGGUGGGACACACUGCAGGACUGGCGUUGGACAGUAAGCGCAUUGAAGACUCCAUUAAAAGUGGUUUGCAGGGCUUGCGCUUGCUUCACACGGUUGCCCUUCGACAUGCCGCAGCGCUAGCGGAUGACGGCACCCUGGUACCUUCUUUUUCUGUGCUAGAAUCGGAAGAAGUGGGGACAUGGGUGGAGGACGAAAUCAAGCAUGUUUUCGAGGGUGACACUGUUCUUCCCUUUAUCGUGUAUAUGCAUUCGCUGAAACAGAGUGUGAUAGAUAUCUCCCAGCGGUUUACACGUGCUAGGGACCGUCUUUCGAUGGUGACCCCAUUUAGAGAUGAAAGGGACGAAGAUAGGUUGAUUUCGGCAGCAGCAGAGCUCGACUGGCUGUUAUCUCUAGGUGAAAGAAAGCGACAGAUGAUUGAAAGGGCAGCAACUUUGAAGGACUGCGCAAUUUCCGGCGUACGGAUACACCUUAAGUACCAUGUGGAGGAGUGGAUUAGGACCCUUCAGGGAAGUCUGGAACUAGUGCACGCUCACGUUGAUUUGGUCUCCAACGACUUAGAAUCGUCUUUCGAGAACAGCAGCACGCUUGAGCAUGCCGUGGAAGACACUGGCAAUAUUCACACUAUUAGAAGGAAACUUGCCAAGGUCAACGACCUGCUACAGGGAAUGCGCAGAGCGAAGCAAGCUGUCCAUGAGAGCACGUCAGUAGAGAUUGGUGUUUCUGCUUUUAAGGAGGCCGAGCAACUAAUGAAAGAGGCGCAGGAUCUGGUGGACGAUUGUUGGGAAGCAGCGAACACUCUGUCUUCGCGGCAGGUUGAGUUAAGUUCCAGCGACGUCGCCCUGUUGGAGAGUGCAGCCGCAAAAACCCGGGUCAUUGUAGAUGAACAGAAAGCCUCAAUAGUUGCUAGUUUAUCUAUUGUUCACAACAGAUGUUUGGAUGCCCUUCAUGGCGACGGCACGAUGAUGGCCAGUGCUAAGCAUAUUAACAGUUCAGUAGCCGAGCACCUCCGCAGCCAAGCUUUCAGUAUUGAGCAAAUGGUGGCUUCGCGGUAUCAAGGCAUGCAGAACAUUGCUACACAGCUAAGAGAAACCAAAGACCUAAAGGAUGCCACAUCGUUGCUUGAGAAUUUGGAAGAGUAUUUACCAAUUUUUGUGGAGCUCAACAAACGGGCGGUAUUGUUGGUGCUGGAAAGCUACUUACACAUCAUGCUCGAGGACGAUAUCCAAGCUAGUGUGAAAAUCGCCACCCGUGCCUCCUCAAGUAAAUUUCUUAUAACAGGGCCAAAUAGAAUGCAUUUCGAGGACCUUCGAUUGCAGUUUGACGAUGCUAAAAAGAUGGCUAACAACGCAAGCAAUUUAACGGAGGCAGUAAAAGCGGCUGCAAACGUCAGCCAGCAUGCCUACGCAUUAAACGAUUUUGCAGAAGGUCGCUGGAGGGGCCAACCAGAUCUAUUUGCAGAAGGUCGCUGGAGGGACCAACCAGAUCUUCCGUGA